AUGUUCCAAAUUGCGUUUUGUUGCUUUAAUGAUGCGCGUAUGACUAAUGAGCCAUUACGGGUAUUAAAGGUCGACACUAAACGGAGGGCGGUGUGCAAAGAAGACGAACAUGCCUUUAGUUAUUCGAUCAUAACUUUCCUCAUGACAUCCAAAUGGCUGCUUCUUCUGGCUUUUCUUAAUCUUCAGAAGGUAAGGAAUGAUUUUUAGAUCUAAAAUUUCGGUUUUUUGAUUAGAGUCAAUAAGUUUUGGUAGUUUUUCUUAAACUUUUUUCUGAUUUUUAAAGCUUUUUUGCUAUUUUUAGGCGCUUUUUAAACCUUUUAGGCUUAAAUUUAAGUUUUUAAGCUCAUUUUUUUAGGUUUUUAUGUUCUUUUUUAUAAUAUCUUAACACCUAAUUAUAUAUUUUUUCUAUUUUUAGGCAAUUCAACCUGUAUCAAACAAUGAAAACUUCCUUUUCAUAACGAUAAAGUCCACCGAGUCGAAUCACAAGACCCGAUUAACAGUCUUGGAAGACACUUGGCUGCAGAAUCUCAAACCAUCUGUGAGUUGAUUUGUAAAAUUACUGGCUUUUUGAUAAGCUUUCCAUUAUUAAAAUAUGAAAAAGUAAUGUCAUACCCUUCGACUGACAAAAUUUUUUUUUCAAAAAAAGUUGAACUUGGUCCCCCCUGUUGAUUAUUUUGGAAAACACAUUUGACUAAAAUUUUUUUUUAUUUUCAAAUUGUGAGAAGUACUCCUUCUUCAUUUAUUAUACUGUAUUGUAUGCUUGUUUUCAAAAUUUCAACUUACUUCUUUUAUUAAAAAUUUUUUUUGAAAGAAAAUUUAACUUGGUCCCCCUGUUGAUUUUUUUUUUGAAAACCUAAUUGACAAAAAAAAAAUUUUUUUAUUUUUAAAUUGUGGUUAUUAGUUUUUCUCCUCUUAUUUUACUGGAAUGUGUGCUUGUUUUUAAUAUUUUAACUUACUCCUUUUAUUAAAAAAAUUUUUCUUUGAAAAGAAAUUUGAACUUGGUCCCCCCUGUUGAUUCUUUUUGAAAAUAAAGUAGGCAAAAAUUUUUUUUCUUUUAGAUUGUGAUUAGUACCCCUUUCCCUUUUAUUAUACUGUGUUGUAUGCUUGUUUUUAAAAUUUUAAUUUAUUUCUUUUGUUAAAAAAAUUUUUUUCGAAAAAAGUUGAACUUGGGCCCCCUUGUUGAUUUUUGCAAACAAAAAAAUUUUUUUUUAAUUUUUUUAAAAUUGUUUAAAACUAGCAUUGUACGGUACUGUAUGCUUUUUUUUAAAUUUCAACUUACUUCUUUUAUUAAAAAAUUUUUUUUUGAAAAAAAAAAUUGAACUUGGUCCCCUCUGUUGGUUUUUUUACAAUAUUUGAAAAUUAAAAACCUUUUUUAAACACUACCUGAAUUUACCUUUAAAAACUAUCAAAAAGCCUUGCCAAGCACUAUUUUUAAUUCAUUUUUUCGUUUCAAGCAUAUUUUUUGAAUAAAUUACCGAGGUAACUGACCGUGAAACCUCAUUACUUUCAAGUCUUCGGCCUUGACGGCCCUAAAAAACAUUUAUUUUGAGGUUUUUUAAGAAAAGCUUUAAUUUUAAAAGGUAAAAUACGAUGCAUUAGCUUUGUAAAAUUAAAAUUUUUUGUUAAAAUCAAAAAAUUAAAAAAAAAUGUUUCAGGAGUACAAAAUAGUAUCAGAUAGUACAAACAAUGUUAGUCAAGGACUGGAAAAUCAGGUUAUUAAGACAAGUUGUGGAAACAGUCACAGCAGGUUAGGUUUUUAUAUAUAAAAAGUUAUCUAAACAUACGUUUAAACUUAUUUUUUAAUAUUAAAGCAACAAAAAAAGUCUUGUCGUUUUUUGACGUGCAAUUUAAGGUAAAUCGACGACAAGACUUUUUUUGGUGUAUAAUCUUAAAAAAAUGAUUAAAUCUUUAAAAAACAUUAUUAUUACGUUACAUUGUAACUUUAACUUUCAGCCAAGACCUAAUAUGCAAGUUGAAACAUGAGCUCUUAUUGUUUCAUCGACAUAAUGCUCAGUAGGUUUCUUAUCUUUUUAUUUAUCAUGUUCAAUAUUAUAUGCAAACAGACCUUCUUGACCUUAAAAUCUCGUAUUAGACCAUAAACAUUGGUGUGAUAAGCUGGAAUUAACAUUUUUUAUCAUUUCCCGUACGAUAUUAAACAUCAAAAAUGUCUUGUCUACUUAUCCUACCUUGACUUACCCUGCCCUACCAUAUCCGACAAUACCAUACCGUACCCACCUUGCCUUGCCUUGCCUUGCCUUGCCUUGCCUUGCCUUGCCUUGCCUUGCCUUGCCUUGCCUUGCCUUGCCUUGCCUUGCCUACCUUAUCAUAGUCUUUUCAGCUGGUCCUGCCACUUUGAUGAUGACAGUUACGUCAACAUUCUAAACUUGAAAAAGUUUUUGUCACAAUACGACAGUAAAAAGCGAUAUUACUUUGGCAAAGUAAGCACAGGUCCGAUACAUAUCAAAGGAUUCGAAUAUUGGUUUGGUACUGGUGGUGCUGGAUAUUGCUUGAGCCGGCCAGUUACUCAGAAAAUGUUCCAACAUGUUUCAAAGAUUUUUAAAAGAUAUUUUGGGCUUCCUGAUGAUAUUAUGUUAGCUGUGCUGGCUAGUAAGUUUUUACUUUACCUUACUUUUUCUUAUUCUACCCUACCCUGCCCUGCCCUGCCCUACCCUACCCUACCCUACCCUACCCUACCCUACCCUACCCUACCCUACCCUACCCUACCCUACCCUACCCUACCCUACCCUACCCUACCCUACCCUACCCUACCCUACCCUACCCUACCCUACCCUACCCUACCCUACCCUACCCUACCCUACCCUACCCUACCCUACCCUACCCUACCCUACCCUACCCUACCCUACCCUACCCUACCCUACCCUACCCUACCCUACCCUACCCUACCCUACCCUACCCUACCCUACCCUACCCUACCCUACCCUACCCUACCCUACCCUACCCUACCCUACCCUACCUUACCCUACCCUACCCUACCCUACACUACCCUACCCUACCCUACCCUACCCUACCCUACCCUACCCUACCUUACCCUAUCCUACCCUACCCUACCCUAUAUCAUGUGCCAUUUAUUAAUCAAUCUAGCUAUAAGUUUUAGGCAAAACAGCCAAUACAACCUUAACAAACAUAGACUUGUUCCAUUCCCACUUAGAACCAACCAAACUUUUGAGAUCUCACAUCAAGAAUCAGAUCUCAUUGUCCCAAACAGUACUACCAGGUUCAUUAUUUCAAGGCUACAGUACCAACAAAUGGAUGUAUUAUGUUCAUAAUUAUUUACAUUAUAAGAUUAAAAAUUUAGCUAUAAAACUUUUUUAA